GCAGAAGUACUUGCUUAUUGCCCACUCGCCCGAUUGCCAGUCGACGAGUAUACAAUUUUUUCUGUGUCAAUAUUAUUUUAUUGCUUACUGACCGGAGAGAGACGCAAAAAGCUAUAGAAAACCGCCCCGAUCCGCAGUGCCGAUUGCGAUUGAAAGCAAGAUGAACGAGGGCAGGCAGUACUCGAUCCACAGCCUGUGCAGGAUUUGUCUGAACCACCUGCAGAACGACGCCGCCUACGAUUUGUAUCUGGUGCCAGGUCUUUCGAAGAAGCUAUGCUUCUGCACAUCCUUGUCCGUGGAGCAGAACGACGGCUUCCCGAAGAACCUGUGCACUCUGUGCUACACCAAGCUGAACGAGCUGCACGACUUUCAGAAGCAGUGCGUCGAUUCCGUGCAAAAGUUCCAGGAUCUGGUGGCCAGCAAUGUCUUCGCCUGCCAGAGCAGCUUCGACGUCUUCGAUCCCAACGUUGCCGUGCAGGACUACCCGGCCGAGGAAGAGGACCACGUCAACUAUGAUCCGCUGCUGAACCACAAGAUGGAGUUGAUCGAGAACGAGGAGGAUGUCUUUAAGAUGCUGGAGCACGUCGACAAAGAAGCCGAGGAGGUGGAGAAGGAGGCCAAGGUAGAGGAGGAUGACGGGGGCAACGUUUCCGUCAAGAUGUUCGACGACGACUCCUCCAUCGAGAGCGGCAAUGACAACGACCACGAUCUGGACUUCGAGCCAAACAGCAGCGAUGAUGACAUUCCGCUGGCCCAGCGCAUGAGGGGACCAGCUACCGGAUCAGGAUCCCAGCAGGACCGUUUUAGCAACCUAGACAAACCCAAGCCGAGGCCUCGGGGACGGCCCAAAAAGAUAAAACCGCCUCCGCCAGAGGAGGAGGACUUGAGCGACUCAUCCUCCGAAUCAGAUGACUCCGAAGACGGCACAUCGCGGGGCGACAAACCGAAGAGGAAGCGCAUUCCCAUGGAGGAACGCCACCUGCACCGCAUCAUCGACUGCCACAUUUGCCACCAGAAGUUCAAGAAGGCCAUCCGCUACGAGGAGCACAUGAAGUACCACAACGACCUGCUGCCCUUCCAAUGCAAGGUGGAGACCUGCAAGAAAGGUUUCACCACCGCCAAUGGGCUGCGCAUUCACAUCGACCACGCCCACACAGAGCUGUCCGAGGUUCACGCCUGCAUCGCCGAGGGCUGCGGCAAGACCUUCCCGCGCGUCCGCCUGCUCACCUUCCACAUGAAGAAGGUGCACGGCAUCACCAAGGCGGCUGCUCCGCUUCGAGAUUUCCCCUGCACAGAAUGCGACACCGUAUUCCGCUGCCCCACAGCACUCAAGAAGCACAUGUAUAAGCACACGGGCGAGGAGCUUCCGUAUCCUUGCAAUAUCUGCGGCAAGCGUUUUGUAAUCAAUAGUGCAUUAAGGGAUCACCUUAUGCGGCACGCGGGCAUCAAGAACCAUGUGUGCCCGUACUGCGGGGUGGGCAAGACGACGCGCCAGGAAUGGAACGCGCACAUCCUCACGCACACCAAGGAGAAGAAGUUCAAGUGCCGGCAGUGCGACCAUGCCUCGCACAACAAACAGGCGUUGUCCAAUCAUGUAAAGGUGGUGCACGAGAAGCGCAAGGACUUUGCCUGCCAGUACUGCGGAAAGACCUUCGGCAAGUCGCACGCCUGCAAGGUGCACGAGAGGAGUCACACGGGGGAGAAGUGCUGCGAGUGCAAGAUCUGCGGCAAGAUAUUCCUCUGCGAGAAGAGCCUCACCAAGCAUUUGAAGACGCACGAGAAAAGGGAUCUGCCGCCGGCGGAGCCUCUUCGCCAGCAGCUUAACAUUCCCAUGCCCGGCCAAAUGUCCGUACCGAUGCCGGGCCAGAUGCCGAUGCAGAUGCAGUCGGACGGUUUGGUGCCAAUGGACCCCAGCCAGAUGCCCAGUGAGGACAUGCUGAAGGCCUGCGGCGGCGGGACCGCUGCAAUGCCUCCCAAACCGAAGAACUCGCGACGCGUCCAGCGGGUGGACAUUUCACAGCUGGCGGGCACUGCUGUGAAUCCAAUACCUUCCGUCUCGGUGCCCUCGUGGUCGCCGCAGGUGAACUUCACCAAGAAGGAAGGCCAGCACAUCUGUCCAGGCUGUGGGCGUGGCUUCAAUAACAUUGGAAACAUGAAACUUCACUACAAAAUCAUCCACGAAAAGGUCAAGGACUUUGCCUGUCGCUUCUGCCCGAAGAGAUUCUCCAAGGCACAGAUUCUGCGGCACCACGAAUGGAUCCACACGGGCGAGAAGCCCUUCGAGUGCAAGAUUUGCGGCAAGCACUUCCGCCAGGAGACGGCACUCAAGAAACACAUCAAGACGCACGAGAAGCCGAACCGGAGACACGUGCCCGAGCGCAGUGCGCCCACUCAGAUCACGUUCCGCAAGCUGGAGCCGGACGCCGAGCCGCGUAACUUUGACCAGUACCAGGAUCCGGCGGUGGAGCGGGCAGCGGCCACCGCUGAGCUGCUGGCGCACCAGCUGGAGGAGAACGAGGCCAAGCGGAAGGCGGAAAUCGAGCGGCAGAAGAUCGCGGCGGCGGCCUGCGAACAGCUGACGAAGCUGCAGCAGCAGCAGGAGAUCAUCAAGGCGACCACCUCGUACGAUGGCUACUAUGCGCAGAAAGCGCAAUCCGAGGGCACCAGCCUGGAUGCCCUGAAGAUCGACCACGUCUAGGCAGCAGGAUUGGCUCUACUUUACUAGCAUAUAUGCAUAACCUAGCCACAUCCAUAUGUAUCCACUUCCAAUGCAGCUGCGCCACUGUCCGGAAAAGUUGUAGGCAUGCCUCGAAUUGCUCUCUAGCUGGAUCAGAUUGUAGGUUUAUAGGCACUCCAGAUUAUCCGAGUGCAUAUUACAAUAUGAACACUUCAUACUUUUUACGUACUACGUUUAUACAUACAUGCAAUAUAUGUAUUAUUUUGUUUUUCGUGUAAUGUCUCCCGUGCUUACUUAGAGUAAUGGAUUAAAAGUAAUAUUCAUAA